AAAGGUGACCUGGGGGUAGGCACCAUCGUGGGAUCGGCUGUCUUCAACAUCCUCGUCAUCAUCGGCAUCUGUGGGAUCUUCGCCGGACAGCCCAUCUUUCUAAGCUGGUGGCCGCUGCUCCGUGAUACUCUCUACUACAUCCUGUCUAUACUGAUGCUGAUUGUGGUGAUCUAUGAUGACAAAGUGAUUUGGUGGGAGACCAUCAGACUGAUCUCCAUGUAUCUAGUCUACAUUAUCAUCAUGAACCGACCCCGGCCAAACCUGGACAACGUUCAACAGAUCCCUGUCAGGCUGGGUGGAAAGGCACUGUGGUCGAGGGGGUCAGCCCUGUUUCAGCAGGACUCUGCAGUAGUGAUGGUGGAUGCGUUGAUGAGUCUGCAGCCUCACCAGCUGAGCUUCUCUGAGGCAAGCCUCCGUCUCCUGAUCACCCCACUUUCCCCCUACACACGCCUCCGCAUGGCAGGACGAGUGGUCAUCACUGAGAGACAGAGGUUGAUCCAUGCUCGGGGCCAGGAGCUGGUGGGGUUGAGGUCAGGAGGGCACUGUGAGCUUGUGCGCUGCCUGGUGUCAUGGCCUUUGUGCCUGCUGCUCUGCUGCACCAUACCCAACUGUGUCCUGCCUCGCUGGAGCUGCUGGUACCUCCUGACCUUUCUGGCCUCCACACUCUGGAUCGCAUUCUUCUCCUACCUCAUGGUCUGGAUGGUGACCAUUAUCAGUUUGACGCUGGGCAUUCCUGAGGGGGUGAUGGGCAUCACCUUCCUGGCAGCUGGCACCAGCGUACCAGACUAUAUGGCCAGCCCCAUCGUCGCACGACAAGGUAUGGGGGACAUGGCAGUCUCUAACUCCUUUGAUGUGCUUCUGGGACUUGGGUUUCCUUGGUUCCUGCGGACUCUUGUGGUCGACUACGGAUCAGAGGUCCUGAGUGUUCAUCUGAACCGUUGGUGGUUGGACCGCAGACUGGGUCUCUGUUUAAUGAUGCUCUAUAACAUCUUCCUACUCUGCUCAGUCGGCUUCCAGCGACUGUAGGCAAGGUUCCAACACAUUUUAGUAUGAUUAUGAUACUAUUUGACGUGAAAUUUUCACUUGUUGACCAGUUGUAUGUGUACGGGUAUUUAGGGCUCAUUUGCAUUUCUGAGACAUAGUUAUGAACAGUUAUAUUGUUGGGAAACCUCACAUUUGAUAUUUGAUACACAUUGCAAACUGGAUCUUUUACAUAGUUUUAUACAGAAAAAUGUGAUAUUCCAAGAUUACUAUUUGAGAACAUGCACUUCACACAAUGAAUUUAUAAUGUAUUGAAUCUAUCUACAGUUUACAGUUACGUAAUGACAAUGAGGAAUCAUAUUCUUUAGUGUGAAAGUACUAAUGGCCCAGUGAAGUCAAAAAUAUGUUUUAUAUAUAUUUCCACACUAUGAGGAUGGAAUAACACUGUGAAAUUGUGAAAACAAUGAUAAUGCCCUUUUAGUGUAAGAGCGGUUUGAAAAGACCUUCUGAGAUUUCAGCCUGUUUCAGUGGGCUGGAGUUUUGGCCUUCCAUGUCGACAUCACCAGGCAGUAGAUUAGUUAGACCAAUAAGAGAGUUACAAA